AUGAGCGCUCUGUUGUUGACGACAGCCACAACGAAGUUGCUAUCCCUGGGUAAUUCGCUACUUCUGGCGCAUCUGGUGGCCUGUGUGCGCGAAGUAGCGAUCUUCUACAUGUUCGGCGCAGACAUGUUCCUUGUCUCAAGUUAG